CGUAUUUUGCCAAGCUCUUCUCCCCUCUUCAACCUUCGAUCUCUGUCGCUCCCCUUGCUUGAACCGUGUACUUGAAAGGUUCCAUCAUCUCCAUCAAAGCUCUUCACAACCCCAUUCUCAGAAUUGAAACCUAGAGUGAGAAUGAAGAACAGAAAGAGGUCUCAUGCUUCUAGUGAGGAUGUCGGGGCUACUGAGGAUAGACACCGGCGGUUACAUGCUUCUAGCCGGCGCGGCGAUCAUGCUGCAACCUCUCAGGCGGUGGAGGCUUCAGCUCCAGUUGUUUCUCCGCCGUCUCCCAUGAUUGAGGUUCCUCUGGUUGAUUAUCCGCCGUCUCCCACGGUUAAGAUACCUACAGUUGUUUCUCCGCCCUCUCCCAUGGUUGAGUCAUCAGGCGAGGAGUCCUCAGGCGAGGAGUCCUCAGGCGAGGAGUCUUCCGGCGAGGAGUCAUCAGGCGAGGCCUCAUCCGGCAUGGGAGGAUCUGACGAGGAUAGUAUUCCUCCGCCUACUGUUGAUGCUGAUGUCCUGCCGCCAGAGCAGGGGGAGCAGGGGGCACAGGGUGGCGAGGAGGACCUGAUCCAGAGGUUGCCGCCGUUUCCGGGGGGGCCUGUUGAGCUAUCGCUCCUCACCCAUUAUGCUGAUCACAAGGCUCCCUGGGCGUGGCAUGCACUCCUACGCACAGACGAGCGGUAUGUGGACCGUCGACAGUUGAAGGUGGCCACAGCUGGGGGGAAGGUUUGGAACCUUGCUUGUGAUGGUGAUUCAGACAGUCACAGGCGGGUUCGAGAGUUGAUUGAGCAGACGGGUCUUCAUCAGCUACCAUAUUGCAGCUACCCGGUGACAGAUGCAGGCCUUAUUUUGGCCCUUGUGGAGCGAUGGCAUGAGGAGACUAGUAGCUUCCACAUGCCGUUCGGGGAGAUGACUAUCACCUUGGACGACGUGUCGGCUCUUCUCCAUCUCCCCAUGGGGUCGAGGUUCUAUACGCCUGGGAGGGGGGAGAGGGACGAGUGUGCAGCGCUCUGUGCUCAGUUGAUGGGAGGAUCUGUUGGUAUUUAUGAGGCUGAGUUUGAUACGAAUAGGUCCCAGACUAUUCGCUUUGGGGUCUUGCAGACCCGGUAUGAGGCUGCGUUGGCGGAGCACCGAUAUGAGGACGCUGCACGGAUUUGGCUGGUGAACCAGCUAGGCGCCACGCUCUUUGCUAGCAAGAGCGGAGGCUACCAUACGACCGUCUACUGGAUAGGGAUGUUGGAGGAUCUUGGUCGAGUGUGCGAGUACGCGUGGGGCGCGAUUGCGCUCGCUACGCUAUACGACCAGCUUAGUCGAGCGUCCAGGAGGGGGACGGCCCAAAUGGGAGGUUUUACCUCGCUCCUGCUAGGAUGGGUCUACGAGUACCUUUCUGACCGCGUCAUUAUCCGUAGGGCGGAUCUGGAGUACUCGCAGGACCAGCCUAGGGCGCGGCGGUGGGCUAUGUCCCGGGUCGGGCAUGCAGGCCUUGAUGAGAGGCGAGUCAUGCUCGAUGAGCUGACGGUGGAUGACGUUAUAUGGACCCCAUUUGAGGACCAUCGGGCUCAUCGACCACGGGAUCCGAGGGCCAUGUAUUCUGGCUACAUCCGGUCGCCAUUUGGCCGUGUUGUUCGACGGCAUCUACCAGAGAGGGUUCUGCGCCAGUUUGGCUUCAUACAGGAUGUCCCUCGACACCCCUCUGAGAUCCAGACGUCUGGGUCCCUUGCUGAGACCGCAGAUGCUGCCUUUGCUGAGUUUGCGCCGCACCUCCGCCCUCAGGGGAUCUCCGCUACAUAUCCGGGAGAGGCUGUGGAGGAUUACAUGAGGUGGUACAGCGCUGUGUCCCAUCGGUUCAUCAUCCCUGAUGAUAGGAGGGAGGAGUUCAGUGCAGUGACUGUUAUGCGUCGGGCCGUGGACUUGUUGGAGCAGUCACUCGAGGUGCCAGAUGCUCCUGCAGAGGGCACGCAUUCCCGAUCCCUCACUGAGAGGGCGCUGGAUCUUAUUAGAUCCAAUGCCUUCAUUGGUACCCAGGGGGUAGCCUUUGCUGCUGUCCGAGGAGCUAGAGCUGCAGGAGGCAGAGGUCGUGGAGACAGAGCGCGUGGAGGCAGAGGCCGUGGAGGCAGAGCCCGUGGAGAGGGUGCUCCUGCAGAGGGUGCGCGUGGAGGCAGAGGCCGUGGAGGCAGAGCCCGUGGACCUAGAGGUCGUAGAGGGGCCGGUAGGGGUCGGGGCGAGUGAUUGACUAUAUAUUUGUAUAUUUU